AUGGACCUCAUCUCCUCUCCACAACCCGUUUUCCUCCCGCCCACCAGUACGGCAAGAACAACCGACUCGAUACCCAGACUUCCCAGUCAGCCAGAGGCAACCGCUCUGGAAGAUGCCAUCAACUCUCUCUCAGAUCAACACCUUGCUGAGCUUGCUGCUCAACAACCUCGACGCAACCUACGGACACGAAAGGCCAUCCAGUUGCACCCAUAUCUCAUCGAUCUUGAACAAUAUCGUCGCACCCUCAAGGCUCGUGGUCUGAGGCCUAUCCAGAUUGCCACCAACAGCCAGCGACCAAGAGAUCAGCAUGACUCGCAAGACGCAGAGUUCCAUCAAGAAGAAAGUCAGCCGCGACGUCACCAGUUGGAGCACACUCAAGAGUCAACUCCCCCAGACUCUUCUGCUUCCCCAGUCCGCCAACAGCCGCCACGUCUUGACCUGUCCAGCCUGCUCGCUGAAGACCAAGACGAGUUUCCCGAUAUUGACGCUGCCAUCCGUCGUCAUGUUAUAGGCGGUACUCAGAUUCACCACAAGCGCCGCAAGACUCUUGAGACGCCUCACACCGACCACAAUGGACGUGAACUACCUUCGUCGACAGCAAGAGCCAGGGGAAGACUAAAACAAGAUCUGCUGCUGCCUUCGCCUCCGAGGACAUCCAGUCCAGCCAACGUCGAAGUCACGCCUGCCGCUCCUCCGCGGUUCAGACUCCCGCAUGGCCUGACGUCUGCUGCUGUCCAGACUCCACUUCCUUCGUCUCCUGAAUUGCCGCCUUCCACAUCUGUCAGACGUUCUCGUCAAAUAGUCCUAUCAUCCGACGACGAUGACCCGAGCAACGCCAAUGCUGGUGUCCAAGUCAGCUCUUCUUCAGAAUCAGACCAAAACGAUAGACAGCUUAUGCGCAUGCGCCGCAAGAUCAAGGGAGUAUUACCCGCUUCUUACCUCAAGCUUGACAGACAAGUGCGACAGCCAUCGCCUUCUGUGGCUCCUUCGGAAGCCCGGCUCGAGACACCGAGACCGACGGCUCCCGUCAGAGGUGUGGCCCAGCGCAGGAUCGGAAGCAAUUCUAUCACUCUCGCUCGCCAAAACAGCCAUGUGGUCUUCUCUGACAAUUCCGGAUCCGACGGCUCGGAUGCAGAGCUCGCAGCUCCACGCUUGUUACAGACUAGGUUGCCCUCACCCAUCACCGGACGCCCGCAAGGUAGGCCUUUCGAGACGCCGGAAGUUGAUGAACAUGAUGAAAUCGAUGAUAUGUUGCCCACAGUUGGAAGGUCUCAUUUCAGGUUACCUGGCAACAAGAGACAGUCUAAGCUUCCAAGCACAUUCACACGCACCAAGUCUUCGUCGCAUGCAGCCCAUACUGGUCAAAAACGAAAGGUCACUGGUGACACUACAGCUCGAACAUCCGCGUCGUAUUCCAAUCCAAGGACAAUUACGAAAGCAGCUACUAGGAUGCCGAAGCCGAUAAAGCUGAGUAUCUUGGAUGUCACAACCUCUAACGAGCCGAAAUCGCCACGAGAAAUAUCUAAACCUCAAUUCGUUCGUCUUGCCGCGCGUCAAGCACGGAAUAGACCUGAUCAUGGCAGACAUAGCCCAACCAACAAAGAUGUUCGUCUUGCGACCAGGGAAGAUACACAAGAUGCCCUCGAGCCAUUGAUGUCCUGGCAAGCAGGCAAUCUGAGUCGCAGCUGGAAGCCUCCGGCGCAGCAUUCCCGUGCGGUUGGCAAUGACACCAAUGCAUCGGAACCAGUCCGACCAGACGACCGGCAGGAAGAAUCUGCAGACAGGGGUGCCCCCAUACACCGCAGACCCGGACAACCACGACCUUUCGUCGGCGCGAGACCAACACGUUCUCAGCAGCUGCGAGAGGGAAGCAACAAUGCACGGAAGCGUACUGCGCCAGGUAUACUUCGAGCAAACCAACGGAAUAUCCUCGAACGGAAUCAUCGUAUGCGGCCCGCUCAAUUGGAGACCGCAGCACGAGUUACAAAUCGUGUUCUAGAACCGCCCACGUUCGCUGCAGCUCCGUCUCGGCUGAUGGAGAUCUUUGCUCGAGACAGACCUGAUCAGCCGGCUUCCAAAUUCCGGCUCGAGCGCUUUCUCAAUGACAGGGAUGACCGAGCUGAGGCUGCUGUGCCGGAUCAGAUGCCAGGUCAUGACACCGAUAUGACAGGCACUGAGAAAGUCGCUUUGCCUUCACGGCCUCGCAAAAGACUUGCUCGACGCUUCGAUGUUGAGACUGCGAAGUUUCGUCAGCCAAAUGAGCCGUUACCUGUUAAUGUACCUUCUAUAUCGGCUGAAGGCCCAGAACCUGCGAAUUUGCAUGACACCCCUGAGCAUGAAACUCUCACAGGCUUAGGGGCUUUUGGUACUCGAUAUCCUACAGACUUCGAUGUUAGACCGCUGGAAGUUGGUACCUAUCUGGCUACUAGCACAUUUGUGGGUAGUGGAGACUUCAGCGACUGCUUGACACUACGCAACCGGGACCUUGACAUGCCUGCUGGUCGCAUUACUGUUGAGGUCACUGGUCGUUUGUUACAUUGGAGUGCCUGGGACGAAGAAGUCUCUGCUGGUCUGGGCACCAUCUUGUCAGCCUCCGCAAACGAAUUACAUGGUGUUGGCGAAUUCGAGGGUGAGGAGAUGCGACAAACAGCCAUUGAAGAUACCAUUGCACGUUUCGACUAUUUCUUACGGUCGAUCGUCAGGUACCUCUCAGGCUGUAUCCACUUCCUGGACCCCAUUGAUCGAUCUUCGAGCUUGGACCGCCUUUCUCGAUUUGUUGAUGAGUUUGAAGAAAUGGUCGAGGCUGAGAUUGUCCGUCUCAAGUCUCACUCGCAUAUACGGGCUCAUGUCGACAGGCUUGUAGUUGACACUUUGUUGUACCUGCUCUGCAUCACUGCCCAGUCUGUGGUCGUCUCACGACACCCUGCUGCUGUGCUCAGACAACAGACACUUUUUAUGCAGAAGUGUGUUCGCCUGAGUUCGAAGGUCAUCGCUGCAGCGCUACCCUCGAGGCUCACCACGAUCCGUGAGUUCUUAGAGACACAUCGAGAACACGCCAAACGUGAUUCUGGUAUCCAGGAGCAAGACAUUGCGAUCAAAAGCAUUGUGAUUGUCAAUCACGUGCUCAGAACCAUCGAUGCAUCCAACAAGCUCGCUGAUAUCCUCACCACACAUUUGGGGCAUGCAAUAGCAAAAUCCUGUAACAUACAUUCUCUUGAUCAGAUAUGGUAUGACCUCUUCUCUGUUCAACCUCUCCUCGAGAUUGACGCACAAGGUAUAUUUCGACCAAGAAGCAGAUUCCAAGCAGCCAAUGACAACUGGAAUCUGGUGAAGAUGCUGUUGCAGCGAAUGUUCGCGCUGUACCCAGCUACCAGCAAAGCACGCAACCCUACGCUGAACGAAUAUGUACGAGCCUGCCUGACUCGUGUCUAUCAUUUGAUCGUACGCUGGGGCUGGCGAAGAUGUGAGACUGCACUGGGCACGAUAUACGACUUCUUUGCUGGUAACAAUCUCUCGCAGCUCCCCAAAGAAGAGGGUAAAGGCUCGCCACGCUUUCUGGAAGAUCUUGACAAGGACCCGAGUAUUGACCUUGAAGCGUCUGAUUGCGCCUUUCACAUCUUCCUCAAGUCGCUUGUGGUAGGCUUACGAGGUUUGCAAGAGUUGCUGCCCGAGAACAAGGUCAGAGGAUUUGCAUGGAGAUUCAUUCCUAACCAUGGCCGCACGUACCACAAAGAACAAGAAGUCACUCACGUCGCACUCAAUGCACUACGCAACCAUCACGACUUGCUAUGUACGCUCUACUGGGUCAUGCCUCAGGGUUGUGGACCUCGACUACAAAUGAUAAGAGACUUGGUAGACCAUGAUACUUCGCACCGAGAAGCUUGUCGCCUUAGCGUCCACGCCUGGGGUAUACUCGUUCGAUACCAGCUCUCUCAAGUCGAGCAAUUCAACGAUCUGGAUACCCUGGCUUCAUGGUAUAGGGAUAUGAUUACGACUACCAUAUCUCAGUAUCGUCUUGCUAGAUCUGAGGCAGAAGCACAAUAUGCUGCUGCAAAAACUGCGGGCUCGACUGACAUAUCGCCCGAGAUGCUUGAGAUGACUAUCACGGCCAACCAGCGAAGCAUAUUUGCGAUUCUGCAAGAUCUGCUUUUGGCAAUGCAGAAUGCUGUCAAGAUUGCCAAAGCUUGGUCUACCGUCCGUGAUCUUGUCGAGCAGUCAAAUGUCAUCGAAGUGCUGAAAUUGUUCGAUUUGGAUCAGCCCAGACUUUCUAUUGCAAUCAUUGAAGCACUAGACAUUGUCAAUGAGCUGCUUGUCGUCAAGAACAGGCUUCGCGUCCCCAAGCAGCAAGAGAGCCAACCGGGCAGUGAUGACAGUCAGGACUAUGGUGAUUGGUCCUUCAUGGAUCAAGUCGUUGAGGAUGAGCCUGUCGACUCGGAGCCAAAGACAUCGGAGGUGGCGUUCCUGCAAGAACCUCUUACUUCUCUUCUAUCAACAUGCUUCGGCUCUGAGAAAAGUCCUGAUGAUGCUUUGCUCAAGAAGCUCGUUGGUGUCUGGACCGCUACUGCCCAACAGUUCGUCAACGAGGAUACUCACGACUGGUCAAGCUUCUUGGACGUCUACAGCUCGACCUCAUGGUUCCAGCUUCGUACCACAGAGCAGAGGCACAAGUACACCUGCUACUUCUUGGCCUCUGUCAUCAAGAGCGACAAGGCAAGUCUUACCAAUCAUCGAGCUCUGUUCAUCAAGGCAUGGUUUGUGUCGUUAUUUGAGAGAGAGUCGAUGCUCAAAUUCCAGCACCGCAUCACAGCAAACCUUCUGGAGAGAGCGACUUCUGAACCGUUGCUGCACAAUCUGCCCUUUGCUGCAGGCCGGGAGACUGGCGAGUACCGAAUCACCUUGGCCGACCUUCGUCAGAGAAGAAUCAGCCUCAUCGGUAGCGUGCUGGCAAACAUGCAUACCUCACUGAACUCAAUUGACUCUUCAUCAACGGCGGGAAGCAAAAGAGAAUAUGUCGACAUGCUCAAGGCUGCUAUGCAACACAUGCGUGGCACUUACGAACAGCUACAGAACUUGUCUGGCCAGCUCGGCGGGUCGUCUUACGAGAACGUUAAAGGGGCCUACGUCGAGUUUGUCCAGUCAAUAAUUUCGCUCAUGCAGCAACACACAUCCGACAUCUGUCCCAUUGAUCCAUUCUUUGUGGACUCUGCCGCUUUCCCUCUACCAGUGGACGAUCCAACAUAUGUCAAAGCGAAGCUCAAAAGUUAUGAUUCGAAGCUGGGAGAUAGUCGAGCUCGCAAGCAGCUUGCUGUGUUUCUGCAAACAGUCAGUGAGCGCGCUGCUUCAGAGAACCAGCAACCGUAUCUCAUCAAGCAGAUGUAUGAGACUCUCAUUGGAGGAGCGUCACGAGAACUCAGAAAUGUGAUACUCACGGCUUUGCUACCGGCCUACAUCCAAUGUUCGAGUACCUUCCACCAAGGAUGUAUCCUGGCUGCGCCGCUCAUCGAGGCUAGUGCCAUGGUCAUACAUGCCAUGAUAUACGAUCUCGAUCUGGCCGACGAAGAAAGCACGAAGACCGACGUCGAUACUAUUACCUGCGUCCUUGCUGUGACACAAGACUUCGCCCUCUCUGUGCAACCUCAGAUGAUGACGCGAGACAUGGGAUGUUUACGAGUCCUCGCAGCAAUCUUUGAUGUGGCCGAACAAAGUCUUACGUUUGUCGAAUACGUCCACCGGGCAAGAGGCGCGGCUAACGACGCGAUGAAUUUACUCCACCGUAUCAUGGCUUUGGGUGACAAGUUGAGCCGUCGCAUCAUGGACACGGCUCCUGAUGCAGCUGACAUGAAUAUCUCAAUCUCGCUUGAUGGUCAGAUUUACGAUAGCGUGCACUGCUCAUGGCAAGACACACUGAACUUUGCCACGCGCAAUCUCUCCGACUCACUUGCAAGAGCACCACAAAAGAACUGGAACACAGAUCUCGCGAGCUUCCAAGUGGAGAGUAUGCGGGUCGUGGCUGCGAUUGAAAUGUUUCGACGUAGCUACAAUAUGAUUCUGGGUGGAUAUGUGGUGCAGAAUGUUGUUGAGGACCUUGACAGCGAUGUAGACGAGGAGGCGGAAAAAGAAGAAGAGCAAGAGGUGCAGAGGCUUGGGGUUGAUGAGAUGAUUAGGGGGUUACAGGAGCUUGGGUGGCAAAGUCUGAUGUGA